AUGGCUCGUUCCCUUUGCUACAUCACUCUUCUACUCGUCCCUGCUCGCCCCCCUCCCACCACUCAGGUGGCGUGGCUUAAGGAGCAACUCGUGUUCGCACUGGAGGCGAGGGAUGAAGCCAUUCUCAGGUGCUACUCAGUUGCACUACAACACGCUUCAAAUCGUCCCCGCUCAUGCCAUCCCUCCACCUCCCUCUCCCCCUCCCACCACUCAGGUGGCGUGGUGGCAUGGUUGAAGGAGCAACUCGUGUUCGCACUGGAGGCAAGGGAUGAAGCCAUUCUCAGGGCCGAAGCUUUGCAAGCAGCCAUGGUGGAAAUGGGGCAGUCCACCACAAACCAGGCCCUCGCUGCAAAGAUUGACGAGUUGGAGAAUGCACUGAUUGUGGCGCGGAGGCAAAUCGACACGCACAGGAAGGAACUUGCUCAUCAACAAAGGGCCAUGGAGGUCCAACAGGAAGCUUCCACGCGCUUGCUGUUGGAGCAGCAGGAGGAAGCAGCACGUGCGCUGGUGGAGGCGGUGAGGGUCAAGGACGCGGAGAUGGAGAGGGAGGUGGGGGCGCUGCUGGGCGCACUGAGGGGCAAGGAGGAGCGCAUGAGGGGCGAGAUUGAGGCGCUACAGGACAAGGUGGAGGAGCGGGACGCCGAGAUUGGGCGGCUCUCACGGCGGCUGGAGCGAGCAGCCAAGGACAUGGAGGACAUUAUUGCUGCCAACGCACAGCAGGUGGAGACGCAGAAGAACGUCAUUGAGAUGCUCGCUGAGAGUAGCCGGGAUGCACGGCAGAAGCUGGCAGCCAUGGAGGAGAGGGCACUCGCAGCAGAGAGGAUGGUGGAAACCUUCGUGGAAGCUUCCUCCCUGGAGGAGGUCCAAUCAAUGGUGGAUGACUUGCCAGCUGUCUCUCCCGGGUCGAUUGAUAUGUCAUCUUCUGCAUUCGCUGAUGUCAGCAUGAGAAGCAGCCAGACCAGCGUGACUAGCAGCAGCCUCGCCACAUCAGAUGCUGAGCUGGAGAGGAUGACAGCCGCGGCACUUGCGAUUGGAGGCGAAUCUCUCCUGUCACUCUCGCUCCACCUCUGCGCCGCCAACGCCUCCGCGAUCGCCGCAAUGGGCGCCUCAUAUUGCGGCCGUCGCGUCGCUCUUUUCUGCCUUCUACUUGUCGUCGCCGCGCCGUGUCUGCUGACGUCAGCGCAGUUCCCCAUCCCCUCGCAGUACGACGGCUUGGUGUACGGUGCUGACGUCAGCGAGCGGCAGCCGGUGCUGCUGGAAGCCUUCUUGGAUCUGACGUGUCCGUCCUGCCAGAGCGCGUGGCCCGUGUUGCGCCACGUGGAGAAGUUCUACGGGACGAAGCAGCUUCGUUUUGUCGUUCAUCUGUUCUCCAACGCUUUCCACCACAACUCCUACUUCGCCUCGCAGGCCACCAACGCCGUCGCCGCAAUCAACGGCUCGCUCGCGUUCGACUGGAUCGACGCCGUCUUCGACGCGCAGGACGACCUAUCGCUGAGCGGCACGUGGCAAAAGACGCCCGAGCAGGUCGCGGCGCAGCUGGCGCGGCUCGCGGCGGAGCGCCUCGGGAUUGACGAGGAGAGAUUCAAGGAGACGUUUUUGGAUGCAGAGGUCGAAUGGCGCACUCGACUCGCGUUCAAGUACGGGUGUUCACGAGCAGUGGUGGGAACGCCCACCUACCUGGUGAAUGGAGUGGCAGUGCCCAUGGCUGCAGCCGAGUGGACCAUCUACGACUGGCGGGCGCUCCUCGACCCCCUCGUCACACCCACUGCUCGCCUCGGCGCAAACGCCCACUCCCCUUGA